GCCACUCUGCUGCUCUCAGAAUUCAACAGGCAACAAAGGAAGAAAGGAAGAGGCCGUGAGCUACAAAGAGCUAGCCGACCUAGGUUAAAAGAUGUCUCACGAAUGGGGCCGUUUUCACUCUCCAGUUUCUGCCCUUGUUUAAAGACUAGCAAAGUCCGCCAAUGGCCGUGUUGUUAUACUUUGUUGUAGUGCAAAAGUGAAUGGAAGGGACGGCGGCGGGGAUGUUUGCGACAUAAAAACGCUACUAAAGCUAACUGGUAUUGGUAGCAAGGUAGCACUAGCUAGGCUAACGUUAGCCAACAAGGAGCAAACAUCUGACCGUCGCGUUUUCAUUGAUCAUCCCCUGAAAAAAUAUGAAUUUCUUUGGACAAUAAUUGAGCCAGGUCCAUCAAGGAAGAGUAAGGUGGUGGAGGAGGUGGAAUCUGACCCAUCCAACUGAGUCACCAUUUUCCUGCAGAUAAUGAAAACUGUCUGACAACGUUGACAGGAUUUUCUGAAAAGGGGCUUGCAUAGCUCCAACUGAGAUAGACCCCCAGGGAUUUUUGGAUCCGCUGUAUGGAUGACUUGUUUCAUGUGGCCUGAUGGAAGGACGUUGUGGAUAGUGCUUUCAUCGGGAUACCAGGAGAGCCGUCCCAUGCCCCCACAUUGGAGGGCCCGUCAGAAUGAAGAAGAUAAGUUUUAAGACGAUCCGAAAGUCCCUCAACAUAAAGGGCAAAGAGGAGGGCGACUUUGUUAUGCUCCAGCAGCCUUCAGUGGCAACAGAGUUUUCAAAGGAGGAAUCUCUUUUUGGCGGCUGCUACACCAAAGACCUUUCAGCGUGCGAUCUCGGUUGCGAGGACGACAAAGGAGGUCAAAACAAAAGUCGAUCCAAAAGCGAGGGUCUGAUGGGGUCGUUAAAGAGGAGGCUUUCUGCCAAACAGAAGGCGAAAGCAAAGGGUGGCUCCUCGGCUUUGUGUUCGGUGGAUGACGACGAUGCAUUUUCAUCCUCUUCUGUGCCCAUCAGCAAUGAGGUGAAAGCCCAGCGACCGCUUAGAUCGGCAUCCUUACGGAGUCACCAUUAUAGCCCCUCGCCGUGGCCUUUGCGACCAGUCAACUCUGACGAGGCAUGCAUCAAGAUGGAGGUUAAGGUUAAAGCUAUGGUCCACUCUCCCUGCCCAAGUCCCAAUUUAAAUGGUGUUCAUAAAGAAUUUCAUAACUUCCAGAUGGAAGGGCUUUUUCAGGAACAAGCAGAGUCCAUAAAGUAUCUCCAACAACCACAAAAUGGUGAGCUGCACCUAAACAUUGAUGAAAAUGAUGUGCCUGUGGUGCUGGGGUUGACACCCCAGGACUACAUCCAGUACACAAUGCCUUCAGAUGAUGGAAUGUACCCAGAAGGGUCCCACUCCUUUUGCCUAGAUAGCACUACUCCCAUGGAGGUAGUGACAGAGGCAGACAACGGGUCCCUCCACACUGAGCAGGGACCAGAUGAACACGAACUGGUUAGUGGGUUGCCUGCAGAUCUCUUCAUGGAAACCUCAGUUAAUAGUAUUCUUUUAGGUUCUGCCGGGAUGGUGCUCCAAAGCUCGCGGGCGGAGGUCCCACCUCCCCUAAGUCCUCUUCUGCCGCCCAUGACGAGUAACGCACACAUCCCUAGGACUUUUUCUAGCUUCAGCUCCACAGACAGCCAGGUAGCCGAGAGAGUAAGGCACCAUCUCAACUUUGACCCAAGUUCAGCUCCCGGAGUCAGUCGGGUGUAUGAUUCAGUCCAGACAAGUGGGCCGAUGGUCGUCACCAGUCUAACAGAGGAGCUUAAGAAGCUCGCAAGGCAGGGCUGGUACUGGGGUCCUAUCACACGGUGGGAAGCAGAGGAGAAACUGGUUAACUUGGCCGACGGCUCGUUUCUGGUCAGAGAUAGCUCGGACGACAGGUACCUGCUCAGCCUGAGCUUCAGAUCCCAGAGCAAAACUCUCCACACACGCAUCGAACACUCUAACGGACGCUUCAGCUUUUAUGAGCAGCCUGAUGUGGAGGGACACACGUCGAUUGUUGAUUUAAUCGAACACUCCAUCAAAGACUCGGAGAACGGAGCUUUUUGUUAUUCCAGGUCUCGCCUUCCAGGGUCUGCAACCUACCCUGUCAGACUAACCAAUCCCGUUUCUCGGUUUAUGCAAGUGCGCUCCCUGCAGUAUCUUUGCCGCUUUGUCAUUAGGCAAUAUACAAGGAUAGACCUCAUCCAGAAACUGCCCUUACCCAACAAGAUGAAAGAUUACCUGCAGGAGAAGCACUACUGAGGAAAACGACAGGGCAGAUAGCAGUUUGCACUUUUGUGUUCAGUUAAGAUUUUAACACAAGGUUUACAGACAACCACAGUUUGAGACAGUUGGUUCUGAUGGUUCUUGAUUUAUUUUUGUGACCCUGUCCAUUCCAGUGUUCUGUCCGGUUGUAUUUGCUGGUGUUCAGAAGUUUCUGGAUCCAGCAACACGUGUGUCCCUUUUCCAUCCAAGGUUCCAGCUUCGCCCCACUCUGAAUGCCUCCAUUCCAUUGACUCUUCCAAGUUCCACCUCAACAAAGUGUCUCCGAAAUAAAUCCUCCUGCAACCUCGGAGUUUGCAGGAGGAUUUAUUUCAGAAGCUCUUAGUUUAUUAUUUCUCUUUAAACAAUCGCAUGAACAGUUUCACCAUGGUUUAUAUCUGUUUCUGGGGAAAUAUAUCUGUACAGCUGAUUUUGUUUGCAGUCAGCUGACUUGGCUUAAUAAAUACAGAGCGCCUGUCUGCGUGUAAUUCAGAAUACUGAUGUUUUUUCAGCCUUGAGGCAUGGCUUGUGAUUUAGAAAUGGUUAAAAAAAAGAUCAUAUUUUAGAAACCUAAAAUGACCCCAUUGAGAGUCCAAUAUGUUUUAUCAAAUGGUUUGAAAAGAAAACAAGAUAUGUUGCAAGCACAAACAAGCAAAGAAAGAUAAUUAAAUUUGCUUUUGGCUUCUAGGUUUAACCCGCUCCAUAAUACUUGCAUAGUCGCUUUCAAUAGUCUGGGUGGUUUGUUGAAAUCCACGGCUUGUCAUUUUUUUCAGCUACCUCAAGUUACACCUUUCAUUUCUACCCAUCAACCUAUCGCCGACAUGUAGCUAGUCACGCAUAUUUUUAUUUAACACUUUGCGGACUGUUCGUCGCUUUUUAGCCAUACUCCAGAGCAGGUCCCCCAAAAAAAGGAGCCACCGGGGCAGCAAAAAUGGAUGAGUGGGGUGGAGCUGAUGGAAAACGGGCAUUCAUCUAUUACAGAAAUAUAGCUGAGGGAAAAAGCAAAGUAAGCUUAGUUCGAAACAAUGAAGUGCAGACAUUUGGCAGUUGUGAUGUAUGAUUAUAUGAACUGUCCAGCUGUGCAAAUAGAUAGAAAUUUCCUUAAUUAUCUGCAGUGAAGUUGGGCCAGUGAGAAAAAUAAAAUUCCUUUUUGAAUUAAAGAUUUGUUGCUUUAUUAACUGAAAUGUCUUUUGCUGAAAUGGUAACAAAAAAAAAAUGUUUGCUACAAUUGGCAUCUCCACAAACUGACUGCUUUUGUACAUCUUUUGUCCAACAGCAUUUCAUUUUUUUUCUGCUUAACUAUAGUCAUGCAAAUUGCAAAAUAACAUUUUGCAAAUUGAAAAUUUACAUUUAAAACAAUGCAAGGUCUAACGUAUUUUUUGUCCUUAAGAACGGCGCCCUGAACAAUAAUUGAAAUUCAAUUCAGGUUUGUGUUGAUGAAAAUCCUGUAUGGCUAAGUACUAAGUUCGUAACAAAAGAAGUUAACGCUGUGUAGCAAAAGAUGUCCGAAUUUGGUCAGAGUUGUUUUUAACAGGUCUGAAAAUUAGCUUUAAAAAGUAUGGCUGCAUUUUGUCAUUAUGCAACUUUUAAGCCAACUGGUACUUCAGAUGCUGGAUUAUAAUGUGCUUUUUCUAGAAAUGGCAUCAACUAAAUGAAUGGAUUAGAAAAAUAUUGUAUCAUUGAAACUAACCUUCUGCAUUUGAAACUGCAAAAUCUCCACUGCAGGUGUAACUUUUUCACUAACGCUUGUCUUGUCUGCAUGUAGGGAAAGCUUUAAGAUGCGCUGAGUACUCCACAUGGGAGAAGGUGUUAAACAGAGAAAAAAAAAAACAGUAUCAGAGGUUAUAAAUAUAUUUGCCUGCAUAAAAGGCCUGCGCUCAAUCAUUGCACAAGAAUCUGGAAUCACCUGGAAUUUGACCUUAAUUAGCGUUAGAGAUGCACCGAGAAAAAAUGGUUUUGACCAAAUUUUUUAAAAUCUUCUAGCAGAUUUGUAUUUCUUUACAAAACAGGAAUAAACGUAAGAACAUUAAAACGCCCCUCCCUAGUGUUUUUGGCAUGAGGGGUAGUCUUAUGUUUUCUUGGGAGCUGGGGUGACAUCACAUGGUAUGUGAGACAAGUAUUUUAUGAAAUAAAAAAAUGAAUGAUCUUCAGAUUUUUUUUUUUUUUAAAGUGAGCACAGUAAAUAUUAAAACAGCACCUGGCUGUCUAACAUUUCCCAAAGAACAUAUCCCCUUAACUCAGAUUUCCAAAAAUGACAGAUGGACGUAAGAAACUGUUAAAAAAUAAUCUUUCUGUACUCCAUUCAGCCUUCCUCUCUCUAAGCCUUGGUUACCUGUACAUGUACAAAUGACUGUUUCCUUUUAUCUCGGUGCUUCCCAUUUAUUUUGAACGCCUUCCAUCACAGACUUCCACACCAAAUACUGUUAACACCAUCUGUUUAAUGUCAACGUCUGCUUUUCUAAUGCGGCCAAAAAAUGAAGGAAUUGGAAGUUUCUGGUCAUCUAUUCCCGGGUCAGGACUGUUGAACAUUGCACAGUAUUGGGCGUUAGAGGAUUUCUCGAUGCAUCUCUAAUCCAUAGUGCUAGCCGUACCCAAUGCUUGAAAAUACACUGACCUAGGAAAGAUGUGCAGAAUUUUGGGAAAAACAAAAUUGGGGAAAUCUUGAUCAAGGAGUGUCCUCGAUGUUGAAUGGAUGUCGAGGUUUUGACAUGUGAAAAAAGUUCAAUCAAACCUGCAUACCGUCAUUAGUGUCUAAAGAUCUCAAGGUUUUCGUUUCCUUCCCUCUAAUUGCUUUUCAUAUCCUCUCAAGUCUGUCCUGUCAAAGCUGCACUACCGCAUGUUAUUUCUAUACUCAGCUGAUGGCGUCAGAGUAAAGGGAAGAGCACACAGUACCCUACGUAAGUGCUUUAUACGGAUAAUUGACAGGGAAUUGUCUCUUUAUAUGAAUGAUCACCCUUUUUUAUUUUACAUCAGUGUCCUUAAAAGUAUUGGGAAAUGGUCUUUGGUAGGUUUUUAGAGUAGUUUUAGCUGUAGUUAGCUGCAGGCUGUCCGAGGAAGCACAGUGGAAAUUAGAUAGGAUCUUUUAAAAGGUGUUGCAUGUUUAAACACUGAGCGAUUUAAAGCUUUGAGUUGUAUAGGAAUGAAGGAUUUAAGAUGUGUUUUGGUUGUAUAGAGAGAUCUUUUUUUUUUUGUCACAAAUAUGGGCUGGACUUUUUUUUUUUUGUACAAGAAAUGUAUUUUCUUCCUUUUUACAGUGUUUGAGUUAUUUCUUGUUUGUGACAUUUGCCAUCUGGGGGAUGGGGCCGUACAAAAGGAAUGUACGCUUGUCUGAGGUAUCUUUUUUUUAUUCUGUCUGCCUGCAGACCAGUUUCUGAAAGCAUAGGGAACAUAAGGACUACAAUGACACAUAAUUUGCACUUGAACAUUUGUUGAAUCUCUCUUUGCCCCAGCCUUUCCCUCAGAUGGUGAUUUAUAAGAAAAAGUCACAGAUUUGUCAUGUGUUUAUAUAACUGUAAGACUAAAAAUGUUUUGUCAUAUCUGUGAUUUUUUUUUUUUUUUUUUUAAGGGGCCACAUACCAGCAUUAUUUCAAAGCUAUCCCUAAUUGGCUGUCAAGGUAUGGAAUCACAGCGAGAAUGUGGAUGUAAAUGUAUUUUUACCCUCCAGUGUAUGCGAGGACAUUUUUUCAGACAAUGUCAGGCUCCUUCUCUUACACAAUGUUUAACCCAUCUGAAUUGUAAUUCCCUCUUAAUUUGAAAUAAUCAUCUGAUUAUGACUCAGAAACCCUUUUCCGAUGGUAUGUUCAUUAAAUCCUUCAAUGUUUGAUUCCAGAGGUUGACGCUUGUUCACACUGCUGAUUUGAAUUAGUAACAGCUGUUAAGCACUUAACAUGCUAAAAAAAAAUGUUUUUCUUUUUUUUUUUUUCUCUCAUUUGUGCAUCUCGGUGAGUGAAGAGAAUUGUUUACAGCAUCAUGUUUGGACAACGCCUUCCUUUUUUCCCCCAAUUUUCCUCACAUUAAGAUAUUGGUACAAUUGAGAACAUUUCUUUAAUGUGUUUUACACAUUUGUGCUGCUUUCGGAUAUCCUUGCCUUGUAUUUAACAAUGGUGGAACUAGAAUGCUGUCGCUCUAGAUGUAUGUAUAAAUUUUGACUUGGUCGUCAUCUUGGGAGAGCGGAGAAAAAAAAAACAAUCUGUUAAUGACUAGUCAAUUAAAUGAGAAUUAGUAUUAAUUAGUAGAGCCUCUGUAGAAUAACCAGUUUACUCCAGUUUACAUUGGUUGUCAACUUUCCAAAGUAGGUAGUCUUUUUGUAUUUUCUUUUGGAGAAGAAAAAUCAAUGAUUUAUUGCACAUUUUGGAUACAGUUAGUUUUUUGUAUCUGCUGAUUAUAAAUUAUAAAUAAAACUAUAUUCUAAAAAAAA